AUGGACCGAGGAGGUCGAGGAUCGGGCAUAGCGCCAAAGCGCCUCUUCGCGGAGACGACUGACGGCACUGACGAGUUGUUGCAGUCGAUUUUGGACGACAAGCUGCUAGGCCAUGCAACCGAGAGCAAGGCUCUUGUAGAUGCUUUGACAGAGAUGCGCGGGCUUUACGAGAAGGAGGUGAAGCAGAGCGAUUUCACGAUCCCAGCAGAGAAAGCUGUGCACUUGUUCGAGAUCCUCACGCGAUGGAUUGAUUUUGCAUAUGCGCACAUUCAGACUGAGAUCACAGCCCUCAGUGAAGAUCUGCCAGAAGACAACGUUGCUCAUCCGAGGGUUGACAUUGAAUUGCAAGUGAGACUGCAGGAUGAUGUAGGCGAUGAGGAUUUACGCCUCUUGCUUUCUGAUCUCAGAGCAGGCAUUUGUUGUGAUGGCUGGCGCUGGCAUCUCUGUGUCCGCGAAUUUGCCUGA